CCAAUUUACACGGUCGGGGCAGGGAAAGCGCGUCAUUCAGCCGCCCAAGCCAAGCCAAGUCGCGUCGCCAAAAACACGUCGGGCAUGGAAAUUGAUUUUCAACGUCUGAGCAACCAAGAGCCACUAUACAGUAGCACAACCGAACUCCCAUAUUGAUCAGCAAGCAUAACGAACGAUAACGCCAUCUAUACUUUCACGCUCCGAGCAUCUUCAUUUCUCAUUCCAAUAAUUGAUCACCUACUUAUUUUUAUUUUAAAAAAGCGAAAACUCUCAUUGCAUCAUUGUCUGUUUCCCUUCUCGACUGUUCCUCGUCUACUUUACGCGAUCGUCGCGUCCCGAUUCCCCCCUUGACGAUACAAGGCCACUUGCCGCUAUACAACUCUCACUCACCCUCAUGAAACUUGUGGCAUAUAGACUUGGCGAUCGAACCGCUUCCUUACCAUCGUCGACAUGUAUCUCCCGCGGCAAUUGAUCUCUAAACUCUACGUCCACCUUCAACAAACAAGACACCCGCUCUCCCCACCAGUACUUAUUCUUGUCGCUCUCGAACCCGAUGCUCUUUGUGCUUGCAGGAUCCUAACCCGGCUACUGAAGCAUGACUAUAUCCCCCACAAAAUACAGCCUGUUGCUGGUUAUACAGAUCUUGAAAAGGCUGGCCGAGAAUUGGUCGUGCCCAUGAUGGAGUCUCAGGGAGGUAGCGGUGGUGUCGUCGUAUGCCUUGGUGUUGGGGGUAUGGUUGAUCUGGGGCCACUUCUUGGCCUUGAGCCUGAAGGUGACGACCAGCCAUACAGUGGUGUUGAGGUUUGGGUUAUGGACGCUCAUCGACCGUGGAACCUUGGAAACGUUUUUGGCGGGUUUCCCCUCGACCCCGAAACGGAGGUCUCCUCGUCUUAUCAGUCGAGGUGCCCUACCGGUGUCAAUGGUGGUAUGAUUGAAUCGGCAUUUAAGCCUGGUAAGGGUGGAAUUAUUGUCUUUGAUGACGGUGAUAUUGUCGACGAUAUGCAAACUGAGCGCAAUGCGUAUCUUGAAUUGAUGGAGAUGCCCGAUAUUGACGACGAUGGUGAGGACUUGGGUGACACUGAUGAUGAGGACGACGACGAGAAUCCACACAAUGCCAUCCAAGAGAGUGUUCGUGCAGGCCAGAAGCGAAAAAGCUGGUCAGAUGCAGAGGACGAAAGCGACGAUGAUAGGCCCCACCAACGGCGAAGGAGUAACUCAUCUAGCUCUAUCGCUGAAUCACCUCGGCGCCCACAGCAAAGAGGGCUUAUAUCAAUGCGACAGCCCGAUCUUGGUCUGUCAAGCGAUGCUAUAGAGCCCCCUUCUGGAGCACAGUUACCUGCCGGGCCGUCACUCCGCGCACAAAGGAGACAACUCCUACGGUUACGACAAAAGCACGAGGCCAUUCUCCACCAAUAUUACAAAAUUGGAUCUUCUUUCUCAGAACCGUUAUCAUCAAUGAUGUAUUCGCUUGCUUCUGAUCUUGGUAGAGCAGACAAUGACCUUCUAUGGCUAUCUAUAGUUGGGGUAACAUCUAUGGAGCUCUAUGGCCGUUCAUCAGCAGGUAUUGCUGCGCCUGUCCGACAGAGCGACAAGAGCCGCCCAACAGGCUGGUUGGGCGCUCGAGGUGCUAGAAUACGCCAAGAGUUCCGCGACGAAGUCAGGCGGUUGAACCCCCCGGAACUUGCGAAUGGGCGUGUUGCUGCAGAAAAUACCGGCGUGAUUCCUACUACCGCGAGGAACCCUGAAGACACCGGAAUUCGGCUGUCCCCUGAGCCCAGGUUUUUGUUGAUCAGGCACUGGAGCCUCUACGACAGUAUGCUGCACUCACCAUAUCUCUUUUCUCGCCUCAAGACUUGGAGUGAAGCAGGAAUCAAGCGACUUCACAAGUUACUUGCAAAGAUGGGGGUCAGCCUGGCACAGUGCAAGCAGAGCUAUACUCACAUGGACAUGAUGUUGAAACGUGAGUUAAGGGCAAAGCUGUUGAAAUACGGCUCGCUUUACAACCUUGACGAGAUGGUACCAUCCGUCGAUACGGAUGGUAAAGACCGUGCUGGUGCGAAGGACGGGUGGGGGUUUGUCCGAAGUUGGGGAUGGCGAGCAACGCUGAGUGCCCAGGAUGUGGGAGUUGUUAUCGGUGCGCUACUAGAAGUUGGAAAACAUGUUCAGAAUCCAGACCCCGCCGUAGCAGCAAGUCAGGCUGGUCGAGACGCAGAAGAGGAGGCCGAGUUUGCAGCUCAGGGCGAAGAAUGGAUUGAGCGGUUCUGGGAGGCAUAUGACGCGCUUGAAAAUAUCGACGCGCUGAAGGCCGGUCUUCCUACUGCUCAGUUCCUUCACCGCGCCAUCUACCGGACAGGAACAUCUCUUAUCAACAAAAAGCAAAUCAAGCAUCUUCGUGCAUUUCGCAUGUGCGUGGUCAAGGAGGGCCCUGACGUUUCAUUAUUCACCCACCCCGCAGCGCUGACCAAAUUAUCACUCUGGAUAGGCGAAGCCCUUGCCGAACAAGAGAGGGAAACACAUGGCAAGCUAUCAAAUGGUGGUCGCGGUACGCCCCUUGUCGUCGCAAGUCUGAACGAGAAAAGAGGUGUAUAUGUCGUCGUAGGCACUGGCGGCGGUGGCGGUCCAGAUACCACGCUGCUUGAUAGAGAAGCCGCCAAGAAACGGAAAGCGGAGAGAGAAGAAAAGCUCAAGAAGAAAGAAGAGUCACGCCUAGCGAAGCAGAAAAUACGAGAGGAUAAGCGUGCAGCCCGACGAGACGCAGGUGAUGAUGACGACGAACUGGAAACUGAAUCAGAGGACUCAGAUAGCUCCGACUCUGACGCGUCAGAUGACGAGGAUGUCGAGCAUGAGAAAGGCUACGGCCUCAACAAGUUUGGCAUCGCGUUUCAAGAGGUGGUGGCAGAAACUAACACGCGGGUCCGAAUCGACAGUUUUGAGCAUUGCGUAGUAGAGGUUAAGAAGGAGGAUCUUGGUGGUUUUCUCGAGAGCUUGAGCAUGAAGGUUGUUGUUGGCUGAAGAGCAGAAUAGCACGGCCGAGUUUGGUGGUUGCUAAGGACCUAUCUAAUGAUUGUAUACGCGGGAGUCGUCCUGGUAGAUGCAAGCGGGCGAGAUGAUUAAAGUAGUUUUUAAAUUGGAUAUCUUCCAAACUGGCAGAGGGAUAGGAGUCAGGCGGCAUCAUGAAUUUGGGACAGGAAACAUGCAUGGGUGGAACUAUGGUUACGAUACCUCUCCACAAGACUUCUCUUGGGAGUAAAUUGAGCACUUAGCAGUGGAAAUACGUUAUGUUUUCACUCGACAAUUGGAUCUUGUGACAGACAUGAUCCAAUGAUAUUAAUUGAUAUGUGAG